AUGUGGUGUAUUCGAUUUCUGGUACUGUGGCUAGCCUGGUGCGGAUUUGCGACAGCCCAGCUUGGUCGAGGUGCAGUUGUUUACACGCUGCCAUUAGGCUAUGUGGAGGGAUUUCAACACACAACAGAAAGUGGUUUUGUCGCAAACGUAUAUUUGGGCGUUCCGUACGCACUUCCUCCUCUCGGCGAACUACGUUUUGAGAAGCCUCGUCGUAUCGCUAAUCACUCAGAGGAAAGAGUUAGUGCGAAAAAAUUUGGUCCAUCUUGCUACCCACAUCAUCGAGAUGGCAUACGAGCUAACAUGGAUCACAGCGAAGACUGCUUGUUUCUCAAUGUAAUGGCCCCAGCAGAAAGGACAUUCUCGGGUUAUCCAGUGCUGGUUUUCAUUCAUGGUGGUGGUUUUGAAUUCGGAAGCUCAAUGGACUAUGGGUAUAAGGUACCGUGCGAAAAUUUCGUUUCACAAGGCAUGGUAUUUGUAUCCAUUGAAUACCGACUUGGCGCUCUUGGUUAG